AUGGCAGCCAGCAGUGUGGCUGUAGGAAUCAUCUGCCUGUCACAGACUGUGGUUGGAGCUCUGGGCAAUUCCUCUCUUCUCCUCCAUUACCUGGGCCUUUACUUCACUGGGUGCAGGGUAAGACACACAGACUUGAUGAUUCAGCACUUGAUUUUGGCCAACUUGUUAACCCUUCUGAGUAGAGGAGUUCCCCAGACAGUGGCAGCUUUUGGAGUGAAAAUUUUCCUCAAUGAUGUUGGAUGCAAGCUGCUUUUCUAUCUUCACAGGGUGGGCAGGGGUGUGUCCAUUGGCAGCACCUGCCUCCUGAGCAUCUUUCAGGCCAAUAAGAUUAGUUCUAGGAACUCCAGGUGGGCAGAACUUAAAAUGUCCAUUUGCAAGUAUGUUGACUCUUCUGUGUACCUGAGCUGGCUCCUGUACCUGCUUCUAAAUAUUGUUUUUCUUAUGUACACAACUGGGAACAGAAACAACAAAAACAUCACAAGCCUGAAAGAUUUGGGAUACUGUUCUACCAUUCAGUAUAACGUAACUAUACAAUCACUGCAUGCAGCAUUGCUAACCUUCCCUGAUGCCCUGUGUGUGGGGCUCAUGCUCUGGGCCAGCAGCUCCAUGGUACUCAUCCUGCACAGGCACAAGCAGAGAAUGCAGCACCUUAAUAAGACCAGCUCCCCCAGGUCCUCCCCUGAGUCCAGAGCCACCAAAACCAUCCUCCUCCUGGUGAGCACCUUUGUCUCAUUUUACACAUUUUCAUGCAUCUUUCAGAUUUAUGUGAGUAUUAUGUCUAAUCCGAACUUGUUCCUGGUGAACACAGCCACAAUAUUUGCUGGGUGUUUCCCAGCUGUCAGCCCCUUUCUGCUCAUGGAUAGGAACUCUAGUGCACCCAGGCUCUGCCUUGCAUGGAUAAGGAAUAGGAAAACCUCUGAUAUCAUGAGGAAUAUGUAA